CUCCUCAGUGUACACAUCUUCUUCGACCACGGCUAUAGCUGGACUGGAACAUGGGGGCCUUCAAUGCUUCCCACUCUGAAUGCCAGCGGCACCAGCGUCGUCAUCUCCAAAUGGUACCGACGCGGCCGUGGCAUACAAGUCGGUGAUAUAGUGUCAUACAAGCAUCCUAUACAGGGAGAGCUUACAACCAUCAAAAGAGUUAUUGGUAUGCCAGGCGACUUUGUGCUUCGAGACACCCCCAGCAAGGGAGAUGGCACUAUGAUACAGGUUCCUGUCGGUCACUGUUGGACGGUCGGAGACAAUCUGGCGGCUUCGCGCGAUUCGAGAAUGUAUGGCCCAGUGCCCCUAGCUCUAGUCAAGGGCAAGGUGGUCGCCAUCUGGAACGACUGGCUGGAG